AGCUUUUUUUACAAAUUGGGCUAUCACUUUAAGCUUUUGGGCUAACACUGUAGUUGUGGUCCUAAAUGUUCAAUGGACUAAAUGGAGAAUAGCCGAAGUUUUGCAUCAUCCUCAUCAUCAAUCAUCAUCUUUUCCCUCGAACAUCAUUUGUUCGCUGCAAUUUCCAGCUACUUCAGCAAUUGAAUGGCUUUAAUUUUUGAUCCGGUGACAAUCUUUACAGGUAUGAAUUGUCCAAAAGCACUAUCUCCAAUUCAGAAGUUAACCACAAACACAUCAAUAAAUAACCGAAAAAGCCACCAUGUUUUUAAAAAGAUCUGUAUAACAAGACCUAAGAUUUUAAUUGGAGAAGAUUAUGGUGCCAAAUAUGCUAUUUCAGUAGCAAGAGGAAACCACAAUGGGCUUAAUUUAAAUAAUGAACCCUUUUGGUUAUCACCUACAAAAGGCUUUAUCAGGGGAAUAAAAUCUUUGUUUGCCUUUCUGGCUGAACAACCUAGCCAGCUAAAGUACAUAGAGUGGCCAGGUUUCCAAAAUACGUUGAAGACAGCUAUGUUGACUCUUGUUCUUGUGGCAAUGCUUAUUGUUGGCUUAUCGUCUGUUGAUUCUGGUCUUUGGUAUUUGCUUGUAAAGAUUCUAAGGAAACCUGCAUGAUUCUAUUUCUACAAGUGUUUUUAUUUUGACUUGAUUUAGUCCUUAUUUUUUUUUUACAAAUUUGUCUUUAUUAGGUUUGGUAGUCUUUUUUUUUUUUUAUAAUAAAAUGAUCACCUCAAUGGUUCCAAUAUGGUUUUACAAAUUACAGUGUGUAUGUGUUUAUAAUUUGGUAAUGUUGAUCGGAGAAACUUUUGAUUGUUACUCG